UAUUUCCUGUGUGUUGGGAGAAUGGAGAGAAAAAAUCCCGAAUCGAGCGGCUUUCCGCCCCAGCGAGGCGGCCGCGGCCUCCGCCUGGGGAGCCCGCCCUGAGGCGCGCCCGACCGGGGAGCGAGCGCGCGGGCCGGAGCGAGCCUCCAGAGGCCGCGGCCGCGGCCCCGGCCCGCCCCGCCGCCGGCCCGGGCGCCCGAGCUGGAGGCGGCGGAGGCUCCCCCACCCCCACCCCGCGCAGCGCCGCCUGCCGCCGCUCCCUCCCCUCCCGCCCCCGGCCGAGGCCGAGGGACCGGGCGGGGGUCUCCCGCAGGAGGGCUGUUGGCCCGCCUCUGUGCUGUUGAACAGUAUGCAGUCCUUUCGGGAGCAAAGCAGUUACCACGGAAACCAGCAGAGCUACCCACAGGAAGUACACGGCUCCUCCCGGCUAGAAGAGUUCAGCCCUCGCCAGGCCCAGAUGUUCCAGAAUUUUGGGGGCGCAGGUGGUGGUGGUGGCAGCAGUGGCAGCAGCAGUGGUGGUGGGCGGCGAGGGACAGCAGCGGCUGCAGCAGCGAUGGCUAGCGAGACUUCUGGCCAUCAAGGCUACCAGGGUUUCCGGAAAGAGGCUGGAGACUUCUACUACAUGGCAGGCAACAAAGACCCCGUGGCGGCAGGCACCCCGCAGCCGCCUCAGCGAAGGCCUUCUGGGCCUGUGCAGAGCUAUGGACCCCCCCAGGGGAGCAGCUUCGGCAAUCAGUAUGGGAGUGAGGGUCACGUGGGCCAGUUUCAAGCACAGCACUCUGGCCUUGGUGGUGUGUCUCAUUAUCAGCAGGACUACACGGGGCCUUUCUCUCCAGGGAGUGCUCAGUACCAGCAGCAGGCAUCCAGCCAGCAGCAGCAGCAGCAAGUCCAGCAGCUGAGACAACAGCUUUACCAGUCCCAUCAGCCUCUGCCACAGGCCACUGGCCAGCCAGCGUCAGGCUCAUCCCACCUGCAGCCGAUGCAGAGGCCCUCAGCUCUGCCAUCCUCUGCCGCUGGUUACCAGCUACGUGUGGGUCAGUUUGGCCAGCACUACCAGUCUUCUGCUGCCGCCGCCGCCGCCUCCUCCUCCUCCUCCUCUUUCCCAUCACCACAGCGUUUCAGUCAGUCUGGGCAGAGCUAUGACAGCAGUUACAAUGUGAAUGCUGGAUCCCAGUAUGAAGGGCAUAAUGUAGGUUCUAACGCACAGGCUUAUGGAUCACAAUCAAAUUACAGCUAUCAGCCUCAAUCUAUGAAAAAUUUUGAACAAGCAAAGAUUCCACAAGGAACCCAGCAGGGGCAGCAGCAGCAGCAGCAGCAGCAGCCACAGCAGCAGCCUCAGCAGCAACAGCCGCAGCAGCAGCAGCAGCAGCACGUGAUGCAGUACUCCAACGCUGCCACCAAGCUGCCCCUGCAGAGCCAGGUGGGGCAGUACAACCAGCCCGAGGUUCCCGUGAGAUCGCCCAUGCAGUUCCACCAGAACUUCAGCCCCAUUUCCAACCCUUCCCCAGCCGCCUCUGUGGUUCAGUCUCCAAGCUGUAGCUCCACCCCGUCUCCUCUUAUGCAGAGCGGGGAGAAUCUCCAGUGCGGGCAAGGCAGUGUGCCCAUGGGGUCUAGAAACAGAAUCCUACAGUUAAUGCCUCAGCUCAGCCCAACCCCAUCGAUGAUGCCCAGUCCGAAUUCUCACGCUGCCAGCUUCAAAGGGUUUGGACUCGAAGGAGUGCCAGAAAAGCGCCUGACGGACCCUGGGCUGAGCAGUUUGAGUGCCCUGAGUACUCAAGUGGCCAAUCUUCCUAACACUGUCCAGCACAUGCUCCUUUCUGAUGCCCUGACACCUCAGAAGAAGACCUCCAAGAGGCCCUCCUCCUCUUCCAAGAAAGCAGACAGCUGCACCAACUCUGAAGGCUCCUCCCAGCCCGAAGAACAGCUGAAGUCCCCCCUGGCAGAGUCACUGGAUGGAGGCUGCUCCAGCAGUUCCGAGGAUCAAGGCGAGAGAGUCAGGCAGCUGAGUGGCCAGAGCACCAGCUCUGACACCACCUAUAAGGGUGGAGCCUCAGAGAAAGCCGGCUCCUCCCCAGCACAAGGCGCUCAGAAUGAAGCCCCCGGACUCAGUGCCAGUCCUGCAGCCAGAGAAGAGGCCGCCUCGCCAGGUGCUAAGGAGCCGCCAUCAUCAUCCGAGGGCAACCCAAAAGUCAAUGAGAAGACCAUUGGGGUGAUUGUCUCCCGGGAAGCCAUGACAACUCGGGCAGAAAAGCCUGGUGGACAAGAUAAAGGCUCUCCAGAGGAUGAGCCCACAGCCGCUCAAAGGCCCCCCAGCACGGGCGGGCCCAAGGAAACCAGCCAUGCCUCAGUUCCACAGCCAGAGCCUCCAGCAGGAGGGGGCAAAGGGAACAGGAGUGGCGAUAACCCCAACCACAAUGGAGAGGGCAAUGGCCAGAGCGGGCACCCCACAGCAGGCCCUGGCUUCAUAGGCAGAACUGAGCCUAGCAAAUCUCCCGGAAGCCUGCGCUAUAAUUACAAAGACAGCUUCGGGCCCGCCGUGCCAAGGAGUGUGGGUGGCUUUCCUCAGUAUCCUGCAGGACAAGAGAAGGGGGAUUUCACUGGCCAUGGGGAGCGGAAGGGCAGAAAUGAGAAGUUCCCCAGCCUCCUGCAGGAAGUGCUUCAGGGCUACCACCACCACCCAGACAGGAGAUACUCUAGGAGUGCUCAGGAGCAUCAGGGCAUGGCUGGUGGUCUAGAAGGAACCGCAAGGCCUAAUGUCUUAAUUAGUCAAACCAAUGAAUUAGCUAGCAGGGGCCUUUUGAACAAAAGCAUUGGGUCCCUAUUAGAAAACCCCCACUGGGGCCCCUGGGAGAGGAAAUCGGGCAGCUCAGCUUCGGAAAUGAAACAGAUCAAUUUGGCUGACUAUCCGAUUCCCAGAAAGUUUGAAAUAGAGCCUCAGUCAUCAGCCCAUGAGCCCGGGGGUUCCCUCUCCGAAAGAAGAUCCGUGAUCUGUGACAUUUCUCCACUAAGACAGAUUGUCAGGGACCCGGGGGCUCACUCGCUGGGACACAUGGGUGCUGACACCAGACUGGGGAGGAAUGAACGUCUCAAUCCGAGUUUAAGUCAGUCAGUCAUUCUUCCAGGUGGCUUGGUGUCCAUGGAAACAAAACUAAAAUCCCAGAGCGGGCAGAUAAAAGAGGAAGACUUUGAGCAAUCCAAAUCCCAAGCUAGUUUCAACAACAAGAAAUCUGGAGACCACUGCCAUCCUGCUAGCAUCAAGCACGAGUCUUACCGAGGCAAUGCCAGCCCUGGAGCUGCCACCCAUGACUCCAUCUCAGACUAUGGCCCUCAAGACAGCAGACCCACAGCCAUGCGGCGGGUCACUGGCAGAAUGGGUGGUCGGGAGGGCAUGAGGGGUCGGCCCCCUUCUCAGUAUCAUGACUUUGCAGAAAAACUGAAGAUGUCUCCCGGGAGGAGCAGGGGCCCAGGGGGAGACCCUCAUCACAUGAACCCACAUAUGACCUUUUCAGAGAGGGCCAACCGGAGCUCAUUACAUGCUCCCUUUUCUCCCAACUCGGAAAGCCUGGCCUCUGCGUAUCACGCAAACACGCGGGCUCAUGCUUAUGGGGACCCCAAUGUAGGUUUGAAUUCUCAGCUCCAUUACAAGAGGCAGAUGUACCAGCAGCAACAAGAGGAAUAUAAGGACUGGAGCAGCAGCUCCACUCAGGGAGUGAUCGCUGCGGCCCAGCACAGGCAGGAGGGCGCCCGGAAGAGCCCAAGGCAGCAGCAGUUCCUGGACAGAGUGCGAAGCCCUCUGAAAAAUGACAAAGAUGGUAUGAUGUAUGGCCCGCCGAUGGGGACUUACCAUGACCCCAGCGGCCAGGAAGGUGGGCGCUGCCUCAUGUCUAGUGAUGGUCUGUCUAACAAGGGCAUUGAAUUGAAGCAUGGCUCCCAGAAGUUACAGCAAGAAUCUUGCUGGGAUCUUUCUAGGCAGACUUCUCCAGCCAAAAGCUGCCCUCCAGGAAUGUCCAAUCAAAAAAGAUACGGACCGCCCCAUGAGACCGAUGGGCAUGGCCUGGCUGAGUCCGCACAGUCAUCCAAGCCUGGCAGUGUUAUGCUGCGGCUCCCGGGGCAAGAGGAUCAUUCUUCUCAAAACCCCCUGAUCAUGAGGAGGCGUGUCCGUUCCUUUAUCUCUCCUAUUCCCAGUAAGAGGCAGUCACAAGACGCCAAAAACAGCAACACUGAAGACAGAGGGCGCCUCCUCCACCCACCGAAAGAAGGCGCUGAUAGAGCGUACAAUUCCUAUGCCCAUCUUUCUCACAGCCAGGACUUCAAGUCCAUCCCCAAGAGAGAAUCCGCCAAGGACCUCACAAGCUCAGACAAUAGAAGCUGCCCUCCUGUUACCCUCACAAGUCCUGCUAAGACCAAAAUACUGCCCCCACGCAAAGGACGGGGACUGAAAUUGGAAGCUAUCGUUCAGAAGAUCACUUCCCCAAAUGUCAGGAGGAGUGCGUCCUCCAACAGUGCAGAGGCGGGGGGCGACACGGUCACUCUGGAUGACAUCCUGUCUCUGAAGAGUGGCCCUCCUGACGGGGGGAGCGUUGCUGCUCAGGAUGCCGAGAUGGAGAAGAGGAAAGGGGAGGUGGUGUCUGACCUGGUCUGUCCAACAAACAAGGAGCUGAACAUAGAAAAGCCUCUUGCAAGGUCUUCAGAGGAGUGGCGUGGCAGUGGGGACGACAAAACGAAGACUGAGACACACCCGGACACGGUCACUGCUGGCAAGGAACCCCCUGGUGCCAUGACAUCCGCAACCUCACAGAAACCUGGCGGUAACCAAGGGAGACCAGAUGGCUCCCUGGGCGGGGCAGCGCCUUUAGUCUUCCCUGACUCUAAGAAUGUCCCUGCAGCCGGCGGGCUGGCCCCUGAGGCAAACCCCAAGGCCGAAGAGAAGGAGGCCGAUGCAGUGACCAUUUCCCCCAAACAGGAGGGUUUCCCCCCAAAGGGGUAUUUCCCUUCAGGAAAGAAGAAGGGGAGACCCAUUGGUAGUGUGAAUAAGCAAAAGAAACAGCAGCAGCCACCGCCUCCACCCCCUCAGCCCCCCCAGAUACCAGAAGGUUCUGCAGAUGGAGAGCCAAAGCCAAAAAAGCAGAGGCAAAGGAGGGAGAGAAGGAAGCCUGGGGCACAGCCAAGGAAGCGGAAAACCAAACAAGCAGUUCCCAUCGUAGAACCCCAAGAACCUGAGAUCAAACUCAAGUAUGCCACCCAGCCACUGGAUAAAAGUGAUGCCAAGAACAAGUCUUUUUUCCCUUACAUUCAUGUAGUAAAUAAGUGUGAACUCGGAGCCGUAUGUACAAUCAUCAAUGCUGAAGAAGAGGAACAGACCAAAUUGGUGAGGGGUCGGAAGGGGCAGAGGUCUCUGACCCCGCCCCCCAGCAGCACCGAGAGCAAGGCGCUCCCAGCCUCGUCCUUCAUGCUGCAGGGACCUGUGGUGACCGAGUCUUCUGUGAUGGGCCACCUGGUCUGCUGUCUGUGCGGCAAGUGGGCCAGUUACCGGAACAUGGGGGACCUCUUUGGACCCUUCUAUCCCCAAGAUUAUGCAGCCACUCUCCCGAAAAACCCGCCUCCUAAGCGGGCCACGGAAAUGCAGAGCAAAGUUAAGGUACGGCACAAAAGCGCUUCCAACGGCUCCAAGACGGACACUGAGGAGGAGGAGGAGCAGCAGCAGAAGGAGCAGAGGAGCCUGGCCGCCCACCCCAGGUUUAAGCGGCGGCACCGCUCCGAAGACUGCGGCGGAGGCCCUCGGUCCCUGGCCCGGGGGCUUCCCUGUAAGAAGGCACCCGCAGAGGGCGGCAGCGAAAAGACUGUUUUGGACUCAAAGCCCUCUGCGCCCACCACUUCAGAAGGUGGCCCUGAGCUGGAGUUACAAAUCCCUGAACUACCUCUUGACAGCAAUGAAUUUUGGGUCCAUGAAGGUUGCAUUCUCUGGGCCAAUGGAAUCUACCUGGUCUGCGGCAGGCUCUACGGCCUGCAGGAAGCGCUGGAAAUAGCCAGAGAGAUGAAAUGUUCCCACUGCCAGGAGGCAGGCGCCACCCUGGGCUGCUACAACAAAGGCUGCUCCUUCCGCUACCAUUACCCGUGUGCCAUCGACGCAGAUUGCUUGCUACAUGAGGAGAACUUCUCGGUGAGGUGCCCCAAGCACAAGCCUCCCCUCCCAUGCCCUCUCCCCGCCUCGCAGAACAAGACCGCGAAAGGCAGCCUCAGCACAGAGCAGUCGGAGCGGGGGUGAGGGGGGAUGUGCCGUGGGAAUGGAGUACAGCAAGCACAGGUGAGACUGUGGAGAUGAGGAGGAGACACUCGUGACGGAUGGAAAUGGUCCUACUGUGCAGCCACACCCCGCCCCGCCCCGCUGUGCCCACCCGCCUGCCAGCACCUCCCAAGUCCUUACAUCACACUCAACCGUGACACCACAGGAAAGAGACCCAAGAAGUCAGAAUGGCUGUUUCCAUGGACACAAUCUCCAUAGUGACGAUGCGGGGGGAGGGGGGAGGGGGAAAGGGAAAGGGUGGGGGGAAUUAAAAGGGAGGGACAAAAUAUAUAUAUAUAAAUCUAUUUUUAGUCUGGAAAGACUUUGUUUAAAUGAAAGGUGCGCUGUCCCUUUUGAUUCUAUUUUAAAAUUAUCUAGCUAAAGAACUCCAAAUUGGUUCCAAUAACGAAAUUUAAAUGUGAAAUUGAACUCAACAAACUCUCAUCUCAGCAAGGACGGGGUGUGGCUCUGCCUGUCAGCCUGUCUCCCGCCCACUCAGAUCUCUAGACCCAGAAUUGAAAGUAGAACACACCCAAACCAUUUGUCAUUAAUUUCUCUCAAAGUGGGGAGUUGGGGGAGGGGAGUGGGGGUGGUCCAUGUUUUCAAGAAUGGGAGAAUAAUGUUUAAACACAAAAAUAAAUUUUUUCAUUUCCAGAAACACUAUUUAUUUAUUAUUUUUAGAUUUUAUCUUUUUGGGGGUGAAAUUGGUAGAUGCCCGAGGUCACAGCUGUGAGCUGCGUCACUGAGGCCAGGGGAACCCCGCCUCCCGGGUGUGCAGGUGGGCGGCAGGGCCAGCCCAGUGGGGGCCGCGGCAGGACAGGAAGUCCGUGCGGAGGCCAGGGCUGUCUGAGCGGUGCGUAAGCUGGCCAGGACACCCUCAGCCCUUUAUUCUUUCUGCUUUUGUUUUUAUAAAGGAAAAGGGGCCUGUCGGUUGAACAGCCCCAUGCUAUGUGAUUCUUUAUGUUGUAUUGUUUUGUUUUGUAAAGUGUAUAAUUUUUAAAUAUCUGAGUUUUAAAAAAAAAAGAAAAAGUACAAAAAAAAUCCUUGUUAAGGCCUUAAGAAGGGGUUAGUGCAUCUUUCAGGGGUCACUCUGCCGUGGGGAUAAAAUAGCUGUUUCACAAACAGUUUUAUUUAAAAAAAAUCAAAAAAAAUAAUAAACUUCAUUUUAACCUUG